AUGGUGUGUACAGUUGGGGCAUGGCACCCAUCUUUACCACUUUUAGCUGUAGGUUCAUACAAUCAAGAGAAAGGUACCACCACACACAACACUAACGGAAUUCCUAUUCUGUAUCGCAGCCGUAUUCCGCUGAAGGAAGUUUUACCCUUACAAACACCUGGCGUGUAUAAGAUUGAUUGCAGAUGUGGUUGUUGUUACAUUGGUCAGACGAAACGAACAAUACCUGAAAGAGUCCGUGAACACAUCACAGUUGGCUUAGCUUUAGAAGGUUGUGAAUGGCCAAUUUUGUUAUCCAACCAAGUAACGGCCCUAGCAUGGCACCCCACCAGAAGAUUAUUAGUUGUUGGCUGGGACGGCGGUGAACUAUAUAUAUGGCUAGAAUAUUCAUGGGCACGAUUAGAAGCUCCUCAUAAUGCAGCACUCACAACAAUUGCUUUUAGUCCAGGAGGCGGUAGAUUGUUAGCGUCAGAUGCCGCUGGAUCUCUGUCUGGAUGGCAAUCAAGCUCUGGAGCGCCUUUAACUUCAUUUCACCAUCAGCUCGGAGAUGUAAUUACUUAUAUUACAUAUUGUUCUCCACAACCAAGUAAUGAAUCAUCAAUACGGGGUUUGGCUAGAGCUGCUGUUGCCGGGGAUGAAAAUGCUUUGGAUGCUUUAGCUGCAUGGCGUCCUCGAACAACGGCUAAAAUGAGAGAAGGUGCCCAACCCGAUAACCAUUGUUGCUAUGCGGUGCAAGAUAAUGGGAUUAUUCUAUAUAUCAAUCACUCAGGAUCCUGUUCAGAAGUCCUUAAUGCACCUGGAAAUAUAAUAUUUGUAGGAAUAAUAAGUAAUAUUUAUUUACUCGUUGCUUGGGAAUCUGGAGGAGCCUUAAGUUUAACAAGAUUUAUGACUGCUGAUGAUGGUUCUUUAACUACCGACACGCAUGUUAGAAUGGCAGCUAGAAAUGGGCAAAGUGUAGUCCUUGCGAGCAAUUUUUAUGUAGCAGUUAUAACUGGAGACAACUUAUUAAGAAUAUGGGAUAGUGAGACCGGAGAUAAUGAUGUUUUACCGAACGAAAAAGAAACUAUCGCUGAAGCGGAUAUUUUUACAAGCAUCAGUUACUGUAAUCUGAGUGAUACUCUUUGUUGUGGAACUGCUCAAGGCAAUAUUUACCUUUGGCGUCGUGAUCAUAGAAAUCGUUGGAAGCUAAUAAGUAGUACUGCAGUUAAGGGAACAGUAAAAGAAGUAAGUUGGGGCUCAGAAGGUUUAAUGAAUCCAUUGUUAUAUGUUAACUGCAUUACAAGCGCUUUCAUACUUCGUGAACAACCUGUCUGCUGGGGUUACUCUCCAAACGUAUGGAUGGUUCAAAAGUCUGCUGUAGAAAUAGCUAUUACAAAUAAGAAUAAUUUGACAUCAAGCAUAAAUACCACAAUUACUAUAAGAGCAUUAGCUUUUGAAAAUAAUUAUAUCGCACUAGGAGAUGGAAAAGAAGUACAAAUUUGGAUGAGCAACAAAGACAAUGAUGUAAAAUUUUCUCUUAUGCGUUCAUUCCCUUGGAAAACUGAAGUUCUUAUAAUACAUAAUGAUGUACUUGUAGGAAUUGUUAAUCCGCAUAUUGAAUGUUACACGGUCACGGGCAAUAGUCUAGGUAAUUUACCUAGUGCUGAAGGAGAAGGUGAACCAAUAGGAGUUACUACUACGAAUAAGUUUAUUGUCAUUGCUACAAUGGACGGCACUCUUAAAUUAGUAGAAAUAACUAAAAAAGGUCUCAGAUUGCCAUAUCCACCUAAAAAUUGCUAUCAAAUGAUUGAGGAUUUUGGAGAAGUCAUGAGAGCUUCCGUGAACUGUAGUGGACGUUACAUUUGUUUAAGUGUCGCAAAUGCCGGACUAGCACCAGAUCCCAGAUUAUAUAUUUGGGAUGUGGCAAAUGAUGUUGUUACCAACAUGCACCUCGAUGAAAGAGCUAUUCCCCCAUAUCAAAGCGUACCUAUAGCCAUUCUUUGGGAUCACAAUGACCCUCGAAUUGUAUCAGUGCACAUGAGGUCAGCAGACUUAGAUAGAAUUCAUUUGUUUUUUUGUCACGAGGGAAAACUCUUCGAAUAUAAAAAUUGGUCAUCUAUCACUGAAGAUUACUUUUUAACUGAUUUUAUGCUCUGCUCAUUAUACACCCCAAAUGUGAUAAUAUUGGGACAGCAAAAUCUUAGGAAAAUCUUAAUGUAUGAAUUUUCAGACGCAAAUUAUCAUGACUCCGUCAACAUAAGACAAAUAUUAGAUUUUCUUUAUUACAUGACCAUAGGUAAUUUAGAAAAAGCUGUAGUCGUUGGAACGAAUAUUUCAGGCGGUAAAACAUCUAUUAUUUGGGAUAGUCUGGCAAAAGUUUGUGUUUACCGAAGACGACCUGAUGUUGGUGCUGUAUGUUUGAGUAAAAUGGAAAAUAUCAAAGGCGCCCUUAUGAUGCGUAAAAUAUUAGACGACAACAAUAUAGAUGAUGCAUGUAAAGUUGGCGUACUUGCCGUUAAUCUUGGUAUGUUAGAUGACGCAGAAAAUUUGUUUUGCGAAGCUCAAAGAACAGAUUUAAUUAAUCGUCUCGUAUCUGCAAAAGAAGGUGGUCUUCAAGAAAUUUGUAAUGAAUCAACUGAAGGUGAAAAUAUCUUGUUAAUUAAGAGUGCUCAACAUAAAUUAGCAAAAGUGUUGUGGGCUAACGGUGAAACUGGAGCAUCUUUAAAACUUUUUGAAAGCGCUGGGACAUUAGUCCCUCACGUACCUAGAAUGCUUAUUGCGCAAGGUCAAGUCACCGUAUUAGCCCAGUAUAUAACCAAUUCAAAUGAUCCUAAUUUAAUAACAUGGUGGGGCCAUUACCUAGAAAGUAUUGGUGAUUUAGAGGGAGCUCUAGAAGCUUAUGCUCGUGCACAUGAUUUUGGCGAACAGACAAGGCUUUUAUGCCAUAUGGAUAGAAUAGAUGAGGCCGAAAAACUUUGUCAAAAAAAUUCAUCAUCGAUGUACCAAAUGGCGCGAUAUUUGGAAAUGCAACCCGAUAAAACAGAACAAUCGGUUAAGAUGUAUAUAAAAUGUGGCGCUGUCUCUUCUGCUAUACGCGUUGCAGCAGAAGCAAGUGCGUGGAAUCUCGUGUGGCGUGCUGGUUCAUCGUCUACUACCCAUGCUCUACAUGCCGCAUCUAUUUUAGAAAAUGCAAAUCAAAAUGAGCACGCUAUUGCCCUAUACCAGAAAGCGGUCCCGGCGAAUACGCCCGGAUUCUCGGGUGCCACCUCCGAACGAGGGUAUGCCCAGCCAUUUUCGUGGCUAGGUGGAGAGUCCCACUCGCCCCCGUCAGGUGGCAACGCUAGUGCGUACCGCAUUUUCCCUAGGUCAACAAAAAAGGGUAAACCACACUUAGCACUGAAGUUGGCGUUGCUCUGUAACGAUACCAAUGCCAUGGUGACAGCUGUGGAAUCUCUCGGAGAUCGCGUUGAUCCUGAAUUAGCGCACGCUCUCGCAACACACCUUCGGAAAGCGGAUCAUCAUUCGCAUGCAGCUGCUUUACUCGCCACUGCGGGAAAGUACGAAGAAGCUCUUGAUAUUGUGGAGCAAUCAUCCGCGCCCCUUUCGGAAGAUUUGAGUGAAAGAUUGGCAGCUCCAGCUGGGACAACUGGUCGUGAUGCACUUUUGCGACGCUUAGCAGACGUGCUUGGAGGUCGUGGCCUGUACCACCAAGCUGCUAAGAGACUUGCACAUGCAGGUGACAAGGCGGGUGCUAUGCGCUGGUUAAUGCGAUCAGGUGAUGCAGACCGUAUCGCUACUUUCGCGGCGGCCACUCGAGACAGAAACGCUCAGCUUAUGGCAGCGGACUAUCUACGGAGACGAGCGGAUUGGCGAUCACGACCUGACCUAACCAGACAUAUAUUGCAUUUCUACACUAGAGCAAAGUCGUAUGGAAAACUGGCAGCUUUUUAUGCCGAAUGUGCUAAAGUCGAAGUUGAUGAAUAUGGCAAUUAUGAAAAAGCCUUAGAAGCCUUGAAGGAAGCGUCACGGUGCCUCGCCAAAUCCUCAGAUUCUGAAUCUGGUGCGCAAACAAUGGCACUCCAGGAGCAAAGCACUUUAAUUAAACGUUUUAUAGAUGUUAAGAAGACAUUGGAAGCUGGAGAAAUUAAUACAGGCAAGGCAAAUAACAAAAUAUCUAAAUACCUACCUCAUAGUCCAUGGAACAAUUGCUUUUUUAAACCGGCGAUUGUAAAACAGAGUGUAACCAGUGGCCAACAGUUGCUUCGUGCUGUGAGUGGUCGUCCUGGAUUAAUCACAGAAGAAAAAGUCCUCAAGCUGAUGUUGCAGUAUGCACCUGAUCAUCCAGAGGCUCCACGUUUUGACCAACAAUUGAAAUCAUUACAGAAAUUAUCGGAAGACGACAAUGAAACCACAGAGUCUCCAGACCAGAGCAUAGAAGAAGCCAUGAAGAAAUCAAGAAAAAGUAGAAGAACAAGGAGAGGGAAAAUUGGAAGAACAGAAAAGAGAAAUGAGGAGAAAUAUGGAGGAAUAGAGAGUGGGAAGGGGAGGGAAGAGAGGGAGAAUGAAAAGGAAGAAGAACAAGGAAAAAAGAAAUAA